AAACGGAAGUGACGCAGCAGCAGGAGUGUGACCUAAAGAACCUCAAACAUGCGUCAAUCCCGAGAAAAACAAACUUCAACAAAUGUCGGAUUAUUAUUGUGGUAAACUUUCGUCUCUGCAUCAAAAACCUUCAUGUUUUAGAUCAAGGAUACGGCGAACAGUGAAGUUUAUCAGGGACUCAUGUGUGUGUGUUGUGGGGCUCUGUAUAAUCCAGCUUCUCUCCAUGGAUUACCAGUAGAGAAAAGCUGAAUCAAGUCAUUCUGCUGAAGGAAGGUCACGGCACGAUCGAAACAUGCCCCUUCCGUUCGGAUUAAAACUCAAGCGAACCAGGAGAUACACCGUAUCCAGCAAGAGCUGCCUGGUGACCCGUAUACAGCUGCUGAACGGUGAAUAUGUUGAGUUUACGCUGUCGGUGGAGAGCACAGGACAGGAAUGUCUGGAGGCGGUCGCUCAGAGACUGGAGUUACGAGAGAUAACAUAUUUCAGUCUCUGGUACUGCAACAAACAAAACCAGCAGAGAUGGAUUGAUUUAGAGAAGCCACUGAAGAAACAGCUUGACAAGUAUGCACUGGAGUCCACUGUUUACUUUGGAGUGGUUUUCUACGUGUCAUCUGUUACCCAGUUACAACAAGAGAUCACCAGAUAUCAGUAUUAUCUUCAACUGAAGAAAGAUGUUUUGGAGGGAAAGAUUCCUUGCUCAAUCGAACAAGCCAUUCAUCUGGCCAGCUUGGCGGUGCAAGCUGAUCUCGGAGACUUCAGAGGAAUUGACUCCCAGGAAUUCCUUCAAAAAAUCGUGCUUUUUCCAAUGCCAUGGAUCCAGGAUGAGAGGGUUGUGGAGGAAGCCACUCAGAAAGUCACCAUGCUUUAUCAAAACUACAGAGGUCUGUCUGCUCCGGAGGCCGAACUCCUUUAUAUGCAAGAGGUGGAAAAGAUGGAGGGGUACGCAGAGGAAAGCAUCCAAGCAAAGGACGGUCAGAGCACAGAUGUGAUUAUUGGUUCAUCUCUGGAUGGGAUCCUUGUGAAACAUAAAAAUGGAAAACCUCCCCUCAUUUUUCGGUGGAAUGACAUUAAUAACAUGACUCAUAAUAAGUCUUUCUUUGCCCUGGAGCUCGCCAACAAAGAAGAGACCGUCCAGUUUCAGACCGAGGACAUGGAGACAUCGAAAUACGUCUGCAGAAUGUGGCUGGCGCGGCACAAGUUUUACAAGAUUAACAACAGCAGUCUAGAGCCGUCUGACGGUCCGUCCUCUGACGGCUCCCAGAGGUCCAUUCUUACUCUUUCAUUUCCUCGCUUUCCGACGCUCCUGCGUCCCUCUCUUCCUUCUAACAAGGGACAAACCCAGCCUGCUCCAGUGAACCCGGUGAGGAGACGAUCCUCUACAAGGAUGUCUCUGCCCAAACCUCAACCGUACAUGUUGCCACCACAGAUGCACUUUAAUGGUCAUUAUAAUGAACCAUACACAUCCUCACAAGAUAACCUUUACGUCAACAAUCAGAACGGUUUCUACUACCAUUCUCAGACCAGUCUGGACCGCUCGCCGCACGAGUACAACGGAAGGAUUCGUAACGGCAGCGUGUACAGCGCCCAGAGCACCAGCUCUCUCAACAACCCGCAGCACUACCUGCAACCGUCACCUAUGUCUUCCAACCCCAGCAUCACAGGAAGUGACCUCAUGCGGCCCGACUAUGUGCCAUCCCACCGCCACAGCGCUCUGAUCCCGCCCUCCUACCGCGCCACGCCCGACUACGAGACUGUCAUGAGGCAGAAGAACAUCGGAAUGGUACCGCCUGCCGAGCGUCAAAGCCAUUCCAUGCGGAACCUCAACAUCGGCAACUCUUACGCCUACAGUCGACCCGAUCCGCUCGUGUACAGCCAGCCCGAGAUCCGCGAGCACGGGGCGGGACAGUACCCGUUCCACCUCAACUACAGCUUCCACAGUCCCUCUCCGUACCCGUACCCCACCGAGAGACGCCCGGUAGUGGGUGCCGUUAGCGUCCCGGAGCUCACGAACGUCCAACUCCAGCAGGCCCAAGAAUACCCGCCACCCAACAUCAUUAGGAAUCAGGUGUACUGGCCUCCGCCCCCUUAUCCAUACCCUCACCCUCGACCCGCCAACAGCACUCCGGAUCUGUCCCGUCACCUGUACGUGAGCAGCAGUAACCCGGACCUGAUCACGCGGCGCGUUCACCACUCGGUGCAGACCUUCCAGGAAGACAGUCUGCCUGUUGCACACUCGCUGCAGGAGGUGAGCGAGCCCCUGAUCACCACACGACGCCCGCACAUAAACAAAAGGAACUCCAUCGAGAUCGCCGGAUUGGCAUACGGUCUGGAGAACAUGAGGCUCAAAGAGAGAAAGGUAUCGGCGUCUGCGGCCGAGACUUCGCCCCCCGUCCCCCAGCCGAUGUCCCCCACCACGCCCAACUCUGAUAUCAACAUCGUUCUUGAGGUUACAAAGCCAGAGGAGGCCACCAUCAAGGAAGACGUGUGCUACGGCCACAAAAAGUCGUUGUCCGAUGCCACGAUGUUGGUGCACAGCAGCGGUGAGGAAGAGGAGUUUGAAGACGACAGUGGGCGACACACACCGCAGUCUCAGGAUGCUGUGGGCGGACCUGAGCAUCACCUCCCACCCAUCGGUCGAUCCCUCGUAGAUCCGCCCGCUUACCCUUUCAGCCACAGCAUGGACACGGUCCUUACGGGCCCUCUCUCAUACCAGCCCCAUUCUCUCAGUCCUCUGCCCGCUCUUCCAGAGCCUGGACACAUGGUGCCCUCCGUAUCUGAAGGAGAUCUGAGCGGACCGGGACGGUCGAAAUACAAGAGGGACAUGUUUAAAAGACCUGUCUCUGAUGUGCCAUCUGGGAGAAGAAACAUUGAAGGUCUUCCACCACCGGGUAUGAAGAAGGGACGUUCAGAUGUAAAGAAGGUCGGCCCCAUGAAACUGGCGGCUCUGAAUGGCCUGACCGUGGCCAGAUUACCUUUACCUGAUGACACUAAAGACGAUUCAGAGAACACAUCCAAUGAUGAACGGUGUAAGAUGUUGGAGCAUCGCGUGGAGCAGAAGUUGGUCUUCACAGAGUACGAGCAGAUACCCAAGAAACGGGCGAACUGUGUGUGCAGCAUUGCUCUGAUGCAGGAGAACAGCGAAAGGAACCGUUUCCAGGACGUUCUGCCUUACGAUGACACGCGUGUGGAGCUCGUGCCCACUAAAGAGAACAACACGGGAUACAUCAAUGCAUCUCACAUCAGGAUUACGGUUCAAGGUAAGGAAUGGAGUUACAUCGCAUCUCAGGGUCCUCUCUCCAACACCUGCCAAGACUUCUGGCAAAUGGUUUGGGAACAAGGAGUCGCCAUCAUCGGCAUGGUUACAGCAGAAGAGGAAGGAGGUCGGGAAAAGAGUUGCCGCUAUUGGCCUCGUCUGGGCUCUCGCCACAACACCGUUACUUACGGACGCUAUAAGAUCACCACACGAUUCCGCACAGACUCUGGAUGUUACGCCACGACGGGCCUGAAGAUCAAAAAUAUUCAGACGGGGCAAGAGCGAACAGUCUGGCAUCUCCAGUACACAGACUGGCCUGACCACGGCUGCCCAGAGGAUUUCAAAGGGUUUCUCUCGUAUCUGGAGGAGAUCCAGUCAGUGAGACGACACACAAACAGCUCCAGCGAUCCAAAGAACACAAAUCUGCCGGUUCUGGUGCACUGCAGCGCUGGGGUGGGACGCACUGGUGUGGUCAUUCUGUCUGAGAUCAUGAUAGCAUGUCUGGAACAUAAUGAGAUGCUGGACGUCCCAACAGUUCUGAACCUGCUACGUCAUCAGCGUAUGAUGAUGGUACAGACGCUUUCGCAGUACACCUUUAUUUACAAAGUCCUCAUUCAGUUCCUGAAAAACUCCAGACUGAUCUGAGUUCAGCGAUGGCACCGUGAUCUCUGUCUCUCAUCCCGCUGUUGUAAAUGGGAUUGUGGGAUGUUCAGACCGGCAGCGUCCUUUGCUUCGCUCGCUCACAGUAUUAGUGAAGGGCCUGGACUUGAGCCGGGGCAAGUAUGAAGGAUUCUGCGCACACGCAGUGGACUCGCUCACUAUUACCAGUAUUAUACAAGGAUUUUACCGUGGGCUUCACUCGAUUACACGUGUGGGCUCGGCACUUUUUAUUUAGCUGUAUAUAGCAAACUGCUGCAACUGUUACAUCAUACGACAUUUUUUCCUCUGUACUGGGUUACUCAAAAUAUCAAAUCAUUUUUACAUGAAGGUGUAGCGGUUGUGAAGGUUACAGGUGGGAAGUUUAAGGUGAAUCUCACGAAUACCACAUACAAAAUGUAGCAUAAACCCUGGUUUAGUAGCAUUAAUGAGGUCACACACCACCGGGCAAGAAGCGCUGCGUCACGUGAAGGACAACUCGUAGUUAUCGCACACCGGACGUGCACGUACAAUAGCGCGAGCUUAAUCACACAGAGUUGACUUCCAAAUGCAAAAUGUGUAGGGGUGUAACCAUAAAUCGUGCGGUUUGCUUGCUGUGCUUCUCAAUGAAUUACGGUGAAAUGCCGCUACAUCCAAAAGCCAGAGGGCGCUCUCGUGCAGAAACUUAAUAUGCGCCCGCAGAAGAAGUACCAUUUACACACACAUCUCCAGGAAAUGGUUAUACGCAUAUUUAUAUUUCUGUUCAUCAAACCUUUUCAGGUAUUUUCAUGAUAAUAAAGAAUAUUUAUAAUGAUUAUGUUUGAUGUUAUAAGCGACUCACAGUAGCUGCGCUUCCAUUACCCUUUAAAUUGCGCAAAUUGAACAUUUCCAUUGGCUGUAUUUUUAAUUCGCAAUGUAAAUUUGCGCAAUUUGAAGGGUAAUGGAAGCACAGCUAGUGAUUUUAGAUUGAAAAGUACUUCUGUAGUACAUGAAAGAGCUGUGCAUAAUAUCGCCUUUGUCAUUCAGAAUCGAUAUCAGACAGGCAUUAUUAGUGUGCAUCGCGAUUAAUCGCUACACCCCUAAAACUAUGCGUUAGCAACCUAUGUUAAUCUCUAACGCUUUGGAAAAAUAUGAUGUUAUUUAACGUUAAACUAUUAUUCGAGCGGCAGGGUGUCUAGAGCAACAGCGGACAGUCACCGUCAGAUGACACCAGUGCGUGUACAUUUAUUGUAAAUAAUGUGUUUUAUUUUUAGAUACAUGGCGCUGCGCUUGUUGCCCGGUGUGCAACCUCCUGUUUUUGACAUUGGGAUAUUUUCAUGACAAUUAUUCACUUUUAUAAAAACAAAUUAAUUGUUUGUUUAUGUAAUUCUCAAUAUUUCCAAUGAUUCUGUAAUUUGAUUUUUUUUUAUAAUUAAUCUUAAUUUAAUGCAAUACAUCAAAUAAUGACGUAUAAGUCCUUUAAAGUUUAAUAACAUUAUGGCUUAGAAUUAUAUUAUAUUAUUUUAUAUUAUAUUAUGAAGUUAAAUUGUCAUGAAAAGUCACAAUGCACAAAAUGUUUACUGUUUUCAAGGUUUUUAAGCAAAAUAUAAUUUUUUUUCUGUGUUUUAAUUGUGGGGUGAAAUGUGACCCAGACGAGUUCAUAGCAGAUUUCGUGAGAUUUACUUUUUUAGUGAAUCUUGAUACCCGUGUACCAGGAGUGUGACGGUUUCCUGAAAUGAAGUAUCACAUGCAGUGUUAUAUGGCGUGUUGAAGCUUGUGAGAUUUUACUCUGAUUGUAUGAUUCGGUAUGAUUUACUGAGUCUCAAGCCAAAGACGGGACAGUUUACUUGUGAUAGCAGACACAACCUUUAAAUCAUUUACUAUAUUAUGUAUUCAAAUUGUAUAUGAAACUCAUAUAAUCAGAAAGGCUUUCUUUUUGCAUUAGGGAUGUUUUUGUAUAUCUGCAGCUUCCACCAGCUUUCUCGAACCCAUCACACCAAAGAGCGUCACGCACACGACUACGGCCGGUUUAUUGUUGAGCUCACCACAUUAAACAUGAAGAUAGUUUACCAAAGAAUAUUCAUCCUAUCAUGUUUUUACUUAAAGUCUUAAAACACUGUGAAAUUACAUAAAUCCUGUUUGUAAGAGGAACAAAAAGAAUUAAUUUUUUGAAGGAUUAAGUAGUGCCAUAGUUAAAGUUUAAAUGCUCGUAUGUAAAUGUAUUUAAAAUGACAAUUAGGUCUUAUCAUUUUUAAUGACACUUAAGUGAUGCAAACAUAAGCUACAUUCCAUCAGCAGAUGUGAUGGGACAUAAUGUAACACAUAUAAUAUUGGUUUAAAGAGGACAUAGCAUGAAAAUCUGACUUUUCCUUGUUUAAGUGCUAUAAUUGGGUCGUCAGUGCUUCUAUCAAUCUAGAAAAUGUGAGACAGAUCAACCCAGUAACUUAGUUUUGGUAAACCAUUUGCUGCAAGCAUGUAAAAAAUAGCUAAUUAAAAUUUGACUCCCCGUGUGAUGUCAGAUGGGGAUCUUUUUAUAAUACCGCCCCUUAAUCUGCACUAUCAAACCAGACACUGCCAUUAAGUGCAGAGAGAAAGAAAGUGAAAGAGAGAGAUAAAAUAAUUGACAGCACAAUUGAGUUUCAAUUUCAACAAACCACCAUUAUGGCGAUCAGUGUUUGCAUUAUUAUCAGCUCAUUUGCAUUUAAAGGACACACCCAAAUACGCCACAUGUUCACAUCUACAACGUGGCAAUUUUAACAUGUCAUAAUAAAUGAUCUGUGGGGUAUUUUGAACUAAAACAUCACACAUGUACUCUGGGGACACCAAAGAUUUAUUUGACAUCGUAAAAAUGUCCCCUUUAAAAUGUAAUAUAAAUUUGUUUGGAGCCAGAAUAUGAAUAGUGUUUCUUCUAUUACUUCGAUCCUAAAAUAUCUGGGUCAUAUUUCACCUGAUAAUCAUGAUUAAGAAGUGUUUAGUGUGAAAUAAAUAUGUAUUUAAAUUGUGAAGUACAAUUGCAAAUAUACAUCAUGACAGUACCAACAUUGGAUGAUUUGAUUUUCAUUACUGUAAAGGGAUAGUUCACCCGAAAAUGAAAAUUCUAUCAUUCACUCGCCCUUAUUUUGUUUUAAACCUAUAUGAUGUUGAUAAGUAAUGUAAGCCACAGUUGAUGGUACCCAUUGACUUCCAUAUUAUUUGUUUUUCCUACUAUGGAAGUCUAUAGUUGCUGUCAACUGUGUGCUUAUCAUCAUUUAUCAAAAUAAAGAAACUCACACAGGUUAAGAAUAACAUGAGGGCGAGUAAAUGAUGACAGAAUUUUCAUUUUUGGUGCACUAUCCCUUUAAGACUGAAAUGUUACAUUUUCACACUGGUUAAUAACAUAAUGCAUAGACUUCAGAUUCUUACAUGCUUAUUUGAAUUUUCUGUUUUGAGAUAUGACCCAAGUAUUUCUUUCUGAAAUUUACCCACAAACCAUAUUUUUUGUUCUGAAUAGUGCCUACAGUGUGUCCUUGUUGGGUUAAAUGCUAUAAUAUAGAAGUGUUUUCUUUUUGUGAAGGACAAUCAUUUUGUUUAACACACUAUAUGGUGCAUCUGGUUUCUGCAUAUCAUGAAGUUUAAUGGAAUUUGAAAAGAGACAUAAAUAGCAUUUAAAAGCACAUAUUAACAGUUAUUAUAUUGACGAUGGCUUCUCUUGGCAUUUAUCCUUCAUUACAUUGAGUUGAAAAUCUUUGAAGUGUUUUAAAAUAAAAGCACAAUGAAAUGGUGAAACUGUUGUGAUGUGUAAGGUUAUAGCAUUCAUUAGUCUUUAUUUGAACUGGAAAUAAAAAAAUAAUUAAAUUUAUAGACAUUUUAUGAGCUGACUGGACUUUACAAACCCUUUCCAGAGUGUUACAUGUACAUUAAUAGACAAUACUGUUUAUACUGCUGAUAAUGAGUGUGUUAUUAACUUUAACCAUGUUAAGUUUGAGGUUAAAUGAAAUCUCAUCAGGUUUGGUUGUGUGGUUUGAGAUCUCAGCUGAUGUGCCGGUAUCAGAAGAGCUAAAUUAUAUCCCUUUGUAAACAGCUAUAUUUUUCAUUCAGAAAAUAAAUAUUUUAAAUGAUUCA